AUGGCGGCCGCGUUGCUCGUGGUGUUGGGGCUCGUGCUCCUGCGUGUCGAGGGCCUCGAUGUGGGUUUGGGCAGCAUCCAUACUUCUGUGGAGGAGGUGGGCUCCAAGAUACGCCUCACAUGUGUCUUGAAUGACACUGCCACAAAGAUCACCGGCCACCGCUGGAUAAAAGGGGACAAAGUGCUGAAGGAGGACACCCUGCCUGACGCAACAACCGCGUACGAGGUGGACGCUGCCAACAAGACCGGGGACUACUCCUGCCUCUUUCUCCCGGAACCCGCGGUGAGGGCAGAACUAUCUUUGAGCAAGUCCCCUAAAGUGAAGGCCGUGAAGAAGUCGGAGAGCGCUGAUGAAGGUGAUUCCAUCACGCUGGCGUGCAAGUCAGAGUCCUUCCCCCGGGUGACCCACUGGACCUGGUACAAGAAGGCCAGCACCGGAGACCGAGAGAUUGUGAAUGGCACCCAGGACAGGUUCUUCGUGAACAACACGGAGAGCGACUCGGAGGCCAGGUCAAAGCUACUCAUCAAAAACCUCGACAGGAACUCUGACGGCGGUGAGUACGUGUGCAACGGCUCCUCCUCCAGCGGCUCCGGCUCGGCCGUGAUCGUGCUGCACGUGCGCAGCCGCCUGGCGGCCCUGUGGCCCUUCCUGGGCAUUGUGGCCGAGGUGCUGAUCCUGGUCACCAUCAUCUUUGCCUAUGAGAAGUGUCAGAAGCCGGAGGUGGUGGUGGAAGACGAUGACGCUGGGGCGACACCGCUGAAGAGCAGUGGACAACACUUGAACAAUGAAGACAAGAGCGUUCGCCAGAGGAAUCCUAUCUGA